CUGGGCCGGUGAUGGAAGCGUGUUUACAUGGUUCGCUGUUUGUGUUUAUAGUGUAGUAAUAUUGGGGCAGGAAAAUGAAACUUGAAAUUUAUAACGAAAUAAUUAGUAUUAUAAGGGAGUAUGAUGGGGCUAAGGUAUGCCCGUGGCGGGAAGUGAAUUCUAUUCUUAAACAACGAUUUCCAGAUGUUUCAGCUGACACAUUGGGUAGCAUUUAUUCCCUUGAAUACCAAAAGAAGAUGAAGAAAAACCAUCAGAAAUUCAGUAAGACUGGAGAAAAAUUAUAUAAAAAGUACCAGAAAGAAGCAGAUUCUGGAGAGAAGCCAGGAAUUCUCCUCCGCCUUGCUGACAGUAUUGAUCUAUCUCCAGCAUUACUUGCACGUAUAAUUUUAGAACAACAUCAAGAACAAGGGUCAGAUGAAGAAGAAGCUUCGAAGAAUACAAUCACAAAACUGAUGAGGGAUACUACAUUAAUAAAAAACAAGGACCUAGCAUAUGAAGUAUAUUUGUGCAUAAUCCAUGAUGACCAGUAUGGACCUGUCACAGACUGCAUUAAACACUCCAUUGGCCAAGAAUAUGAGCUACGUUUGCAAAGAAUGGUAAGAAAUGCUAACAUACCAUUCAAGGAUGAAGAGCAGCUGCGAACAUGUGGUUAUGACAAGACACCAGAUGUUAAGCUGGAGUUGCCUGUGGCGGUAGAUGGCUUUGUAGUAAACUGGAUAGAAAGUAAAGCACUCUUUGGUGAUGAAGCAAACCACAAAACAUAUAUAAAGGAACAGUAUCUUAGUUACUGGAACAGAUUUGGCCCUGGACUUGUCAUUUAUUGGCUUGGCUUUGUUGAUACACUGGAGUACAUCAGUGAAAAGAGAUUCAUCAUACGUGACACAUUUCCAAAAAAUAUUACAUUAAUGGAUCCAAAGAGCAUAUAGCUGCUUGCACUAGAUUUGAAUUAUUUCAACAUAUCAUGCAUCAACAUUCUCUUACAACCAAGUAUACUAAAGAUUGCUUCUCAGUGAAACUUGUUGUACAGUAUGGAGCAUAUGAAGGAAGAGGUUGCAACAUCUUGAUCUGGUUGCAUCAUCGAGUUUAUACUGGUUAUGCCACUUAAGAUUUUGGCACAGCACAUGAAGAAGCAAACUUUGUAUCCUACAUUUUCCAAGCCAGAGUAACUCACUACAAACUGAGUCAGUUAUGACAUUGCAUUCUGCCAACUGAAAAUUUUAAACCAUAACAUGGAAAGAAGCAUAUAUUUAUUAAUAAUUGUUCAUUCGUAAAGAGUUUUAAAAAAUUUCUUUCAUCUGUUUACAUCAUUUUCAGUUUUAUUUUUCAUAGCUCUAACCGUGGACAUUUCUUUCAGUAAUUCAGUUUUAUGUUAGAUCCUUUCUUGUAGUUAUUCUGACAUGGUAAUGGGAGCAGUUGUAAGAAAUUGGUUGAGUAUUGUGAACUUAGUGCCAGUGUCAAAAAAUAAAUGAUUAAUAAAUACAA